AAAUCAGUAACCUCAGUUGACCGGAGAAGCGCCGGAAAAUGACGAAUUACGGUACAAUUCCGACAUCAUCAUCGCCGGGAAGUGCAAACCUAGAGUAUAUCUCUCGAGCAAAGGAGAGAUUGAAAUCAGGCCUCGGAGCUCGUCGGCCAUGGAAGGAGAUGGUGAAUCUCCAUUCAAUCGGACUCCCUGGAGGCUUCGGAGACGCAUUCAGACGGAUCAGAACGAAUCUCGGUUACUUCCGCAUGAACUACGCGAUCAUCGUGCUUCUCAUCCUCUUCCUCAGCCUCCUAUGGCACCCGAUCUCGCUGAUUGUCUUCAUCAUCAUGAUGGCCGUUUGGCUCUUCCUCUACUUCCUCAGAGACGAGCCGUGGGUGAUUUUCAACCGUACGAUCGACGACCGCAUCGUGAUGGUGGUGUUAUCGGUGCUCACGAUCGUUUUCCUCUUGUUGACUGAUGCGACUCUCAAUAUAGUGAUCUCGUUGUUGAUUGGAGUUGUUGUUGUCUUGAUUCAUGCCGUGUUUAGGAAGACUGAUGAUCUGUUUGUCGAUGAAGAGUCCGGAGGCGCCACGGGGGCGCUCUUCGCCGGGGUUCCGUCGGCUUCGUCUUAGGCCAUCAUCCAGAUCUUCAUCUUGUUGGAUGGAACAAUGUCAAAAUUGAUUUAUGGACACAUGCUGUUGGUGGACUUACAGAAAAUGAUUUCUUACUUGCUGCUAAGAUUGACGGGCUUCGCGUGCAACAUCUUCUGGGUAGAAAUGCUACCUACUGACUACAUUGACCAUUCUCCUAACAUAUCACCAUUCUGAAGUGAAUAAUGCUGAUGGGCCCUACCACUAGCCAAAGCACAUUAUAAUCCUGCUUUCUCUCUUCUUUCCACCAAAUUCCACUCAUUUUGCUUUCUUAUCAUGACAUCCACUAUAAGCUUUUAUUUAUUUUCUUUUAUUUUAUUUAUUUAUUUUUUUCUUCUUUUUCUUCUCCUUUAUUUAUUUCUUUAACACCUUUCCCACCACCACCCCAACCUUCUCUUAUUCUUGUCGGGGCUCACCCCGUUCACCAUUUUACAUCACAAAAAAAAAAAAAAA